UUUCCGGUAAUAUCGCAACGAGUCGCGAGCGGAGAAGAACACGACCCUCCUGUCUGCCAUUAGUAUUGAAUUCAAGAAAAAAUGUCUCUCAUCUCCGCUCGUUUGGCCUCGUCCGUGGCCAGGCGCCUGCCUAAUGCAGCGUCCCAGGUGUCGAAGGUCGCCGCUCCUGCGGUGGCAGUGGGGUCCCGCAAGCUGCAUGUCUCGUGCCCACAACGAGCUGUCGAAAUCUCCACCAUCCUGGAGGAGAGAAUCCUCGGUGCCGCACCAAAGGCUGACUUGGAAGAGACUGGCCGUGUGUUGAGCAUCGGUGACGGUAUUGCUCGUGUGUAUGGCCUCAAGAACAUCCAGGCUGAGGAGAUGGUGGAAUUCUCCUCUGGUCUUAAGGGAAUGGCCCUCAACUUGGAGCCAGACAAUGUUGGUGUUGUAGUAUUCGGUAACGACAAGUUCAUCAAGGAAGGCGACAUUGUGAAGCGUACCGGUGCCAUCGUCGACGUGCCCGUGGGCGAGCAGCUCCUGGGUCGUGUAGUAGAUGCUCUGGGUAACCCCAUCGACGGCAAGGGCCCCGUCGACACUAAGUCCCGUAUGCGUGUCGGUAUCAAGGCCCCUGGUAUCAUUCCCCGUGUGUCUGUACGCGAACCUAUGCAGACUGGUAUCAAGGCUGUGGACUCCUUGGUGCCCAUUGGUCGUGGUCAGCGUGAGUUGAUCAUUGGUGAUCGUCAGACCGGCAAGACCGCGCUGGCCAUCGACACCAUCAUCAACCAGCAGCGCUUCAACAAGGGACAGGAUGAGAAGAAGAAGCUGUACUGCAUUUACGUCGCCAUCGGUCAGAAGAGAUCCACCGUGGCACAAAUCGUCAAGAGAUUGACUGAUGCUGGCGCCAUCAACUACACGAUCAUCGUGUCUGCCACCGCGUCGGACGCUGCGCCGCUGCAGUACCUCGCGCCGUACUCGGGCUGCGCCAUGGGAGAGUUCUUCCGUGACAACGGCAAGCACGCCCUCAUCAUCUACGACGAUUUGUCCAAACAGGCCGUUGCCUACCGUCAGAUGUCUCUGCUGCUGCGUCGUCCCCCGGGUCGUGAGGCGUACCCCGGUGAUGUGUUCUACCUCCACUCGCGUCUGCUCGAGCGUGCGGCUAAGAUGUCCGACAAAAUGGGCGGUGGCUCUCUGACCGCUCUGCCCGUCAUCGAGACCCAGGCUGGUGACGUGUCUGCCUACAUUCCAACCAACGUCAUCUCCAUCACUGACGGACAGAUCUUCUUGGAGACUGAGCUCUUCUACAAGGGUAUCCGGCCCGCCAUCAACGUCGGUCUCUCUGUAUCCCGUGUAGGAUCCGCUGCCCAGACCAAGGCCAUGAAGCAGGUGGCUGGCUCCAUGAAACUGGAGUUGGCUCAAUACCGUGAGGUGGCCGCCUUCGCGCAGUUCGGCUCCGACUUGGACGCCGCCACCCAGCAGCUGCUGAACCGUGGCCAACGUCUCACUGAACUGCUCAAGCAGGGACAGUAUGUGCCCAUGGCCAUUGAGGAACAGGUUGCCAUUAUCUACUGUGGUGUGCGUGGACACUUGGACAAACUGGACCCCACUAAGAUCACUGCCUUCGAGAAGGAGUUCACCCAGCACAUCAAGACCAGCCACCAGGGUCUCCUGGCCACCAUCGCCAAGGACGGACAGAUCACGCCAGAAUCUGAUGCCGCACUCAAGAAGAUCGUCACCGAUUUUAUGGCCACCUUCACCCAGGCGUAAUUUGUUUAGAAUAACUUUAUAACGAUUCUUAAGGUUGUUACAUGUUAAUUAAAAUCAAAAUCAAGUUGACAAGCAACAAUCUUAAGUAGAACUCCUAAGUAUAACAACUGCAGAUGGAAGCUGUACAGUGUUAGAACUUCCAUAUGCAGUUACAAGUAGUUUCAUUCGUAUGUACUGUAUUGAAUGUGAAUACAAUCAUGGAAUGUAUUUAUCGAUGUCAGGAGUGGUUAAUAAUUACAUACAUAUACAAAA